GGGCUCUGCCUCCUGCUGCUGCUCCGGCCGGGCCACGCGUGCCCGGCGGGCUGCGCCUGCACCGACCCGCACACGGUGGACUGCCGCGACCGCGGGCUACCCAGCGUGCCCGACCCCUUCCCCCUGGACGUGCGCAAGCUGCUGGUGGCCGGCAACCGCAUCCAGCAGAUUCCCGAGGACUUCUUCAUCUUCUACGGCGACCUGGUCUACCUGGACUUCAGGAACAACUCUCUGCGCUCGCUGGAGGAGGGCACGUUCAGCGGCUCGGCCAAGCUCGCCUUCCUUGACCUCAGCUACAAUAACCUGACCCAGCUGGGCGCCGGCGCCUUCCGCUCGGCCGGGAGGCUGGUCAAACUGAGCCUGGCCAACAACAACCUGGCGGGCGUGCACGAGGCUGCCUUCGAGACCCUGGAGUCGCUGCAGGUGCUGGAGCUCAACGACAACAACCUGCGCAGCCUCAGCGUGGCCGCCCUGGCCGCGCUGCCGGCGCUGCGCACUCUGCGCCUGGACGGGAACCCCUGGCUUUGCGACUGUGACUUCGCCCACCUCUUCUCCUGGAUCCAGGAGAACGCAUCCAAACUGCCCAGAGGCCUGGAUGAAAUCCAGUGCUCCCUGCCCACGGAGAGCAGGAGGGUGUCCCUGCGUGAGCUGUCAGAGGCCAGCUUCAGCGAGUGCAAGUUCAGCCUGUCGCUCACAGACCUGUUCAUCAUCAUCUUCUCGGGCGUGGUCGUGUCCAUCGCCGCCAUCAUCUCCAGCUUCUUCCUGGCCACCGUGGUGCAGUGCUUUCAGAGGUGUGCUCCCAACAAGGACACGGAGGACGAGGACGACGAUGAGGAUGACUGAGCCUCCUCCUCCCAUCCCUCGCUUUCCAGCAUCCAGCCUGUGGCUCCUCUCCAUGAAGAGAGGGAAGUGCCAACGACAGAAAAGCACUGGCAAUUGCCAGUGAACAGAACUGAGUCUUGGACCCUGGGCGCACCCACUGGGACCACCAGCCUCAGAGUUUAGGGUCAGCAGAACAGAGAAGCCCAAGAAGGCCCAAGGGAAUCAGCCUGCCUCUUAGGUUGAGGUGUGUGCUGUGGGGAGGGGAGGAGUUGACUAAGUCAGGCUUUAUAGCUAACAGCUAAACCCCGCAAGGAGAGAUGAAGACUUGUAACUCUCAACCACGAAGAUUAAUUUGUGCUGCUCUUUCUCUGACCUGGACUGGGAGACCAUGAAGCAUUUCCUUUCUCCCAAGAGACAGCAGCUCAAACAGUGAGGAUUCACAUUCAGGUCAUUUUCCAUGGGAGCAGGAAGUCUGCCAUUUCUGUGACAGGUCCAGCAACUUGGGAUAGCACAUCAGGAACUAAUAAACCCUGCCCGAUAGGCUGAGUCUGUGUGUCCCAUCAACAUUCAUAUGUACAACUGAAUCCUCGAUGUGAUGCUGUUUGGAGCGGGCGCCUUUGGGAAGUGCAGCCCUCAUGAAUGGUAUUGGUGCUCUCAUCAAAGAGACCCCAGAGAGCUCCCUGGCCCCUCUAUGGUGCGAAGACAAUGGGAGAAGUUGACCGUCUACAAACCCAGAAGCAGACCGUGCUGGCACCCUGAUCUCAGACUUCCAGCCUCCAAAACUGUGAGGAAUAAAUGUCUGUUGUUCA